CCGACUCGAUCCGAUGGUGAUAGUAAAAAUAACAAUAUUAUUGUAUGACUUUGAUAUGGGUAUGUUAGAGUUGAAUUUCUUAUUGUGCGGACGAAAAUUGACAGCAUAUAUGUCGAAAAUAUACUGUUCCUGUUUAUAUUAUUUGUUAAUGUUAAGGUAAAGGUCUCAUGGGAAUGGUUGCACAGAGACAGCCUUGCAUACUUUUGGGAAGAGUGUGCAAGAUGUGCCCAUCUCUUGCAUGACUGGUCGCUUUAAAGAAGUGAUAGUGUGUGGUAGUACAAAAGGCCGUAUUUUCCUCAGGGCAAUGACGAGGGUCUCCUUGAGGGUGUAAAAGAGGGGUCCCUGGCAGUGUCUCCCGGGGACGAGGUCCUGCAGCUCCUGGACGCCGCGCCCAAUUUAAGGUCCUACCUUAGCCUCAGCCGGGACUCGUGGGGGCGGUGGGCGCUGGCCUGCAGGUCCUGCGGCCACACCCUCACCUCGGCCCGCUCUGUCGCCUCACACCGCUGCCACUACGAGUGCGGGCGCUGCGGGGCGGAGGAGAGCACACUGGCAGGCCUCAAGCUGCACCUUGCCGCCUGUGCCACCCAGCGGGAUCGGGGUGGCAGCGCCCAGGGCACCCUCCACCGGUGCCAGUUCUGCGCUGCGACUCUGGCCGACGAGCAGCUUCUGAAGGAACACCGGGAUGAACAUGUGAACGAUUGCCUGAAGAAAUAUGCUGAGCUGCUGAAGGAGAAAGGUCUGGCCGAGGCGCCCUCUGCAGAGCCACAGUCCCUGCCCAGACGGGGACGCCCCAGAAAGAUGACAGACUGUACCAACUGCAAGCUUGUCUUUGCCAGCAUGGCAGACUUGUCAUUUCACAUGAAGCUGUCUCAUCCAGACGAACUGCCGCACGUAUGCAGGCUCUGCCCUGAGAGGUUCCUGCAUAAGAAGCAACUGCAGCUUCACAUUGUAGAACACUUCCUGGGUUCUUUUUCGUGUGAAUUCUGUUCUGUUCAUUUUGGGAAGAAGUAUCCCUUCCUGCGGCACAUGGAAGCCCAGCAUACUGGGGACUUCUUAAUCAAGUGUGAGUUUUGUGAGUUCACCACAGGCAGCUUCGAUGAGUACCGACGGCACAGACACGAGCCGCACCAGGCCGGCCAGGGCGAUGUCGACGAGGCCGUCACGUGCGAGCAGUGCGGCGAACUCCACCCCCGCGACGAGACGGAGGAGCACCUCGAGGAGCACAGGGUCAUACAGAAGCCGGUGCCUCUUCCGGCGCAACUCUCGGCGCCCAGGCGGAUCGUCAGGCGGCGGAAGCGGGGCAGGCUGAGCAAAAUGCAAGUCCAGAGGUGUCUGGAUUGCAAGCUCGUGUUCUCCAGUGCGGCGGCUUUGUCUCGGCACAACUACUCCCUCCAUCCGUAUAAGUUUGCGAAUGAGUGUGUAAUGUGUGGCCACCGGUUUAAAGGGAAGCGGGCCCUGGAGCUGCAUGUGGAAGGCCACAGGAGCGGCUCCUGCUGGUGCCCCAUAUGCAAGCUUAGGUUCAGGCACCGGCAUCAUGUCGAGAGCCAUUUUUCGAAAGAUCAUGCAGACGUGACCUCAAUACCCUGCGAGUACUGUGAAAGCCGCCUGACCUCGUACAGUAAGUACAUCUAUCACUGCCAGACAGCUCAUGCCGACUUACUAGAGGAUCGCGCAGACCUGACUUGCAGCGAGUGCGGGGAGAAGCUGGCCAGCCGCAUCUUAAUGAACCAGCACUUGGCCAGGGAGCAUGGCCUGAAGAAGCUGAAUGCUCCCAAACAGGAAUGCCCAGUCUGCAAGAAGUUCUUCGUCCACGUGGAUGUCCACAUGAACCUCCACACGAGAGCCAUCCAGUUCCCGUGCGAGGACUGCGGCGAGGUGUUUUUCCAGCGGUCAAGCCUCUUGGCACACCACAAACUGCGCCACGACCCCAGUGCCAGGGCGCACGCGUGCAAGGUUUGCGGCAAGAGUUUCAUCAGCAGCGCCCUCCUGCGAACCCACGACGAGCAGGUCCACCUCCACAAGCGCCAGUUCUUCUGCGAGAUAUGCGGCAAGCGCUACAAGAACAAGUCGGCGCUCACCUACCAUCUGAAGGUGCACCGGGGGGAGCGGCCCUACAAGUGCCAGGAGUGCGGCCAGGGCUUCCACCGGCCCUCGAUGCUCAAGACGCACAUGGAGGGCACGCAUCACCUCCCGUACGCGUACCUUUACCGCAAGCCGCAGCGGCGCGCGGGCACCGGCCUGGGGGCGCCCAAGGCCUUGGGGGCUGAGCCCGAGGGCGGGGAGGCUGCGCCACUCACCUCCACUGACCUCGACCUCGGGGUCACGAAGGCGGUCGUGAUUGGAGACGAAGUGGGGAUCGGGGGCAUGAGCGUGGUGGGGGACAUGGGCAUGGUGGAGGGUGUAGAAGGCGUGGGCAUGGAGGGCGUGGCCGGGGUGGAGAGCGUGGGUGUGCCAAUGGGCGAGUCGCAGAUUAUCACGGUAGAGGAAGGCGUGUAUAUAAUUCAGGUCAUGGACGACACGUAGAUGAGGUACAAAACGCCAUGAAUGUAUGUACUGUAUGUGCGCAUGUACGUACGUACGUAUUUUGUAUAUUUUUGUAUAUGUUAAUUUGAUAUGUAUAUAUAUGUCUCUCUCUCUCUCUCUCUCUCUC